AAUGAUCAAUCACUAUAUAAUAUUAUAAAAAGUGUAAUUUUCUAAUACCGUACGAAAUGUCAUCCUCAUCUACUAAAUCUGGUGAUGAAGAACAAACCAUCGCGAAUGACUUGGUUGUUACAAAGUAUAACAUGGCUGGAGAGAUCGUCAAUAAAACUCUUAAAUUAGUAAUUGAAAAAUGUGUUGAAGGUGCCAAAAUACAUGAAAUAUGUCUAUUUGGAGAUAAAUUAAUAGAAGAUGAAACUUCUAAAGUUUUCAAAAAGAAUAAAGAAAUUAAGAAAGGAAUUGCAUUUCCAACAUGCAUAUCUGUCAAUAAUUGUGUAUGCCAUUUUUCUCCCCUUGUAAGCGAUCAUGAAAUAUUAUUAAAAAGUGGAGAUCUUGUUAAAAUUGAUUUAGGUGCACAUGUGGAUGGUUAUAUAGGGGUUAUUGCUCAUACUAUUGUUGUCAAUCAUAUAUCGAAUAAUAAGAAAGUUGAUGGCAGAAUUGCUGAUGUGAUAUUGGCAGCACACUACUGUGCUGAGGCUUGUCAUCGAUUGAUUAAAAAUGGCAAUAAUAAUUCUCAAGUGACAGAAGCUAUGCAAAAAAUAUGUGAAUCAUUUAAAUGCAAGCCAAUAGAAGGUAUAUUGAUGCAUCAAUUAAAACAACAUCAAAUUGAGGGUGACAAAUCUAUUAUUCAAAAUCCAUCAGACACACAAAAACAAGAACAUGAAAAAAGUGAAUUUAAAACUUAUGAGGUGUAUGGAGUUGAUUGCUUAAUUAGCACAGGUGAUGGUAAGGGUAAAGAAAUGGAUGCUAGGACCACUGUAUAUAAAAAAACUGAUGAAAUAUAUAACCUAAAAUUGAAAGCCUCAAGAGCUUUAUAUAGUGAAGUUGAUAAAAAAUUUGGAUUGAUGCCAUUUACCUUAAGGGGUUGUGAAGAUGAAAAAAAAGCAAGAAUGGGUUUACUUGAAUGUGUCAAUCAUAAACUGAUGAUACCCUUUCCUGUACUUUGGGAAAAGGAAGGUGAAUAUGUUGCUCAUUUUAAAUACACAUUAUUAAUCAUGCCAAACAAUAAUGUUAGGAUUACUUCUGGUCCAUUUAUUCUUGACAAUUUUGAAUCAAAAUUUAAAAUUGAAGAUGAUUCAAUAAAUGCACUACUUAAAUCAUCAACAAAACGGGUUAUAAAAAAGAAGAAAAAGAAAAUAGACAUUGUAGAAUUAAUGAAAGCAGCACCAUUAACAAUAAAUGGAGAAGCUAGUUAAAUUAGCAUAUGCUAUCAUCAUAUUUUAUAAACAUUAUAAAAAUAUUUUGUAAUAGAUCAUUUCAGAAUUAAAUAAAUUAAAUAUGUAACAUUAAUGUAUAAUUUUUAAUUGCUCACACAUAGUUUUUUAAUUAAGAUUCAAAAAUUUUGCUUGUUGUUUAUAAAAUCUCGUAUUUUUUUAUCUCAAAGCCUUUCAAGUGUUAUUUUUCCAAUAAUAGUGAUUGUUUAAAAAUUUAAAUCAUGAACUUUGAUUGUGAAUUAUAGGUUUAGAUUGAAAAUUAUCUUCUUUUUUUACCUCAAUAUAAUAUUUCAUUGAAAUCACUAAUCUGAUUUGAUAUUUUAUCUAAUUAUAGUUAAUUACCUAAAAAGGCUGAAAGUUAAUCGGAAAUAAAUACAAACCCAGAGUCUUCAUUUAGUGGUUUGCAUUCUUGAUUUACCACAUUUUUAUGGAAUUUGUAAAUAAUCAUGUGAGAAUAAAUCACAGGUGGCAGGAUUCAUCGAUAUUUUACUUAUUAUUUUUACAUAAAUAUUUUAUAAUAAUCUAAAUUCUUUUAUUGCUUUUAAUUUUUUUUCACAAUAUGUAAUAGAUCAUAAUAAUUG